AUGGAUCACUCGGAUAUUGUUUUACAGGAGUGGGAGUCUCUGGAGGCUCUGCUCUGCGGAACGGACUCGGCCACCGUGGUACUGACCGGACACACGCUGCGUAUCCCAGAUGUCAUUGCUGUCGCGCGUUACAACGUGCGAUCAGAUAUUGAUGUGUCUGCUAUCCAGGCUAUGGAAAGGAGUCUGAGCAUGCUCGAAAAGAGAGUGCGUUCUGGGGACGUUAUAUAUGGGGUGAAUACCGGAUUUGGAGGCUCCGCCGACAUCAGAACCAAGAAACUUGUUGAAUUGCAGCGGGCACUCAUCAGAGAGCUUCACUAUGGUAUUCUCCCAACCGGGGAAAGAGACCACCGCCAGGGGCUGGCCAAGCACCGUCAGGAUCUCUCCCUCGAAUCUGGCCUUGAAGCCACAUACCUGCCCCGGUCCUGGGCGCGGGCGUCCAUCCUCAUCCGGAUCAACUCGUUGAUUUCCGGAUGCUCGGCCGUCCGGCCGGUUAUUGUCCAGCGGAUGCAGGACUUGCUAACACAUGACAUUAUUCCUAUGAUUCCGCUCCGUGGUAGCAUCUCCUCUUCUGGUGACCUGAGCCCCUUGUCAUACAUCUGUGGAGCCAUCCAAGGCAAAUCUACCAUCCGGGUGCUCGCCAGCGAUAAUCAACAACAUGUCUAUGCGGAUAGCGCUUUCACGACGGCUGGUCUAGAGCCAGUGGUGAUCGAAGCCAAAGAAGGACUGGCCAUGACCAACGGCACGGCCGUGUCGGCUGCAGUGGCUGCCCUGGCUCUUCACGACACCCACAACUUGGCUCUUCUCGCCCAGGUUCUGACUGCCAUGAGUGUUGAGGCUCUGACUGGGACCGUCGAGAGCUUUCACCCAUUCUUGUCUGCAGUACGGCCACAUCGCGGUCAGGUGGAAUCUGCCCGGAACAUCCUGGCGUUCUUAGCAGGUUCGAAGCUCACCCAAGUCAACGACGGCGCCCACUCCUCGCUUCGCCAGGAUCGAUACUCCAUCAGAACGGCGCCACAAUGGCUGGGUCCCAUCCUAGAAGAUCUGAGCCUCGCCCACCAUCAAGUCUACACCGAAUGCAACUCGGCCACUGAUAACCCGCUAGUGACCCCCGAGGGCGACUUUAUCCACGGGGGCAAUUUCCAGGCCAAGUGCGUGACAUCGGCCAUGGAGAAAGCGAGGCAGGGGAUUCAGGGGAUCGGCCGCAUGCUCUUUUCGCAGUGCACGGAAAUCAUCAAUCCGGCCACAAACCGAGGCCUUCCGCCGAACCUAGUCACAGAAGACCCCGGCAUCUCACUGAUCUUCAAGGGAACAGAUCUCAACAUUGCUUCCUUGGCCGCCGAGCUGGGAUUCCUGGCCAGCCCGGUCAACCACGUGCAGACGGCCGAGAUGGGAAACCAGUCCCUGAACUCGCUGGCGCUGAUAUCGGCUCGAUACACGCACACCGCCAACGAGGUUCUCUCGCAGCUAAUGGCCGCUCACUUUAUCGCCGUGUGCCAGGCCCUGGAUCUACGCGCUAUGCAUGUGCAGUUCCUAGAAGGGUAUCGUCCGGAGUUCUUGCAUUUGGUCGACGCAUAUUACGCUGCAGAUACACCACUGCCAGAUGAGGCCUCGGCGAAUCUUCCACACGGUGUAAUAUCUGACCCUCAACUACAGCUAGUCGAUCCCAAACCGCUCUCGGAGCUGCUCUGGACGCAACUGCUCGCCGCCUUCGAAACGACAACCAGGAUGGACGCCCAACAGCGCUUCCCAGCCAUGGCACAGUCGCUGCGGUCCGUCCUUCUGGACCACGCAGAUUUCAAGACGGCAGCUGACUUCAUCCCGCGUCUCCAACGCUUCACCGAGGCCCUCGGCGCUUCCUUGCACGAUGCGUGGUGCGCGCACCGGGACGCGUAUCUGGUUCACGGUGAUGCGGCCGACGUUCUCGGGACGGCGUCCAGGGCGAUGUAUGUGUUUCUGCGGCGGACGCUGGGGGUUCCUCUGCUAGCAACGCGGAAUCUAUCGACACCCACGGCGGAUGAGUCGUGGUUGCAUGGCGGCGUCGAGGCGCCGACUGUGGGUUCGUAUACGGGGGUUGUGUAUCGUGCGUUGCGGGAUGGGGUGCUAGCCAAGGUGGCCGUGGAUAUUCUGAGAGAUUCACUGUAG